AUGAAGCCUGAUGUAAAGGAUCGCGAUUAUAUGUAUAGGCUCAUAAUAGGGCAGUUAUUUUAUGAUGGACAUCAACAGUUGGCUUUAUCUCUUGCGCAAGCUAUCGGAUGUGCAGCUCAACCACCACCACCUUCGGAUAAACUGUUCCGCCUGGUGUCUAUCGCAAAACAAUUCGUCGAUGACCCAGAAUCGAAGGAGAAACAGGCAAAUAUGCAGUUCGAUGUCCUGUCUGCUGGUUUGGACCUCGAAUUUGAUGCGGACCUUGUUCCUACUUCUGCGGAACCUUGUAAUUAUGAAACCAUAUAUCUCACUUCCCACAAAUCUGCUUGUCGAACAGCAUCUUUUAACAAUGAUGGUACACUAGUGGCUACUGGUUCUGCGGAUUGUUCGAUAAAGAUUUUGGAUGUGGAAAGGAUGAUUGCUAGAGAAGUAAGGGGUGAAUUAAGCGAGAAUGGUCCGGACGCAAACCAUCCAGUUAUUCGAACACUGUAUGACCAUCUUGAUGAAGUCACAGUAGUGGCCUUUCACCCGCGUGAACAAAUUUUGGUAUCUGGAUCCACGGACAAGACCGUGAAACUAUUCGACUUUUCAAAAACUGCUGUGAAAAGGGCGAUGAAGACGUUAUCGGAAGUUUUUCCCGUUCGAGCGUUAUCGUUUCAUCCGGGCGGGGAAUUUCUCUUGGUAACGACGGAUCAUCCAACCAUUCGCUUGUAUAAUGUUGAGACGGCGCAGUGUUUUGUUUGUUCUGCCCCAGGAGACCAGCACAAGGACGUUGUGAUGGAUGUGAAUUACUCUGACAACGCUCGGCUUUAUGUUACUGGGUCAAAGGACGGAGAUGUCAAAGUGUGGGACGGAAUCUCAAACCGCUGUGUGGAGACUUUCAGUCGAGCUCAUGAUGGAGCGGCUAUUUGUUCUGCAAAAUUCACAAGGAAUGGGAAGUACAUAUUGACAAGCGGCAUGGAUAGCAUAGUGAAGCUGUGGGAGUUGUCAACAAAUCGGUGUCUUAUAGCCUAUACCGGCGCUGGAGCCACAGGCAGACAGGAGUUCCCAGUCAAAGCGACCUUUAAUCACAACGAGGAUUAUGUGCUUUUCCCAGACGAAAAAUCUGGGAGUUUAUGUUCAUGGGAUGCUCGUAACUCGGAUAGAAAACGAUUGCUUGCUUUGGGUCACACCGCGGCUACACGUGUUUUCGUUCAUUCUCCAACGGCUCCUGCAUUUUUAACUGGCAGUGACGAUUUUCGAGCACGGUUCUGGUACCGAAAAGGCCCUAGGUUUUAA